UGAAAAAAUUCGAAGGUCCGCCACUGCGUCGUAUAUCCCGGUGAUUUACUUCAAUCGUGGUCUCCUCCGGUCUCCACUAAAACGCCCUCAAAACACUAACAAUUGUUCGUGUGUGUGAGAGAGAAUCCAUCAAUCAGUGAUGAGCGGAGCAGCUUCAUAUCUGGCUCGGAGAGCAGCACAGAAGGAGAGAGUGAGAAUCCUGUAUCGACGUGCCCUCAAAGAUACUCUCAAUUGGGCCGUUCACCGUCAUCUCUUCUACCCCGAUGCUGAUGCACUUCGUGAGAGAUUCGAUGCCAACAACAAUGUGGAAGAUAUAGAUACUAUCGAUAGAGUGAUUGCUGAUGGUGAGUCACAGUACAAUAAGUGGCGCCACCCUGAUCCCUACAUCGUUCCAUGGGCUCCCGGUGGCAGCAAAUUUACUCGCAACCCUACGUCACCUGCUGGAUUGAGAUAGUUUAUGAUUAUGGUCGGGAGGAUCAUCAGCUGAAAGCAACGUGGGCUCCAUGACAAUAAACUAAGUAGCACUGGAACGGGUACGGGAUCGGGGUACGGGGACGAUACGGGAACGAGGAACGGCAAAACUCAAAAUUUCAAGAUACGGGUACGACAAUAAAAAAUAUAAAAAAAAUAUAUUAAACAAAUUCCAAAAAUACUACACCUUCCAAAGGUAAUUAAUUAUCAAUAAUCAAAUCAUAUUCAAAUUCCGGUUCAUCUAGUGAGAGAUCGGCAAUCGAUUGAGAAUUAGAGAUAAUGAGACUUAAGAGUUUAGAGAUUAGAGAAGCCGAAUAUGAUAGGUCUAUUUAUUUAAUGACCGGUUGUGGAAUUUGAAAGGGUUAAAACCCUAAAAUUAAAUGGAAACGGGCUGGAUACUUCUACCAGAUACGUCCCCGACAUUGGAAACGUUUAGAAAACGUCCCCGACGAGUACCCAUGGUGUUUCCGUCCCCGACAGGUACCCGAUACGGGUACGGCCACAUAAAUGGAGUCCCCGUGCUACAUAGACAAUAAAUCAAGGUUAGAACGAAACCGAUUAUGCCAUAUACCAAUAAAAAAGGACGGGUUGGGCAAUGGGUUGAAACAACUAAUGGGUCACGGGUAUUUUUGUGCAUGUCAAAAACCACUAACAUGUUCUUAGUCAUUCUAAUUCUCAUGGUUAAAUGUGAUUAUAAAAUUAUAUUAUGUUAAUAAUAAACCAGUUUUAUUAAUAAGCCGAGUUUAGAGAUUUUAAGCAUGUGGAUACACUUUGGACAACUCUCAUCCAUUUGUCUUUUUUUUUAAUUUUUUUUAAUUCAACGUAUUUGACCCGUUACAGAUAAAUCAUAACCAAAGUCCACACAUCUAUAGAUAAACGGGUCUAAAUGACACCUCUUUUGGCAUAUGCACAAACAUUCAGUUACUUCACGGCACAUCAAAUUUGUUCUUUUGCUAUAACCCUGAUGGCCCGAUCUUCAAUCUCACUUGUUUUCAUUUGGUCUUGUAUUUUUCUUAUUUGU